GAGCAGAGUCCACGAUAUCCAAAAAGAAGGCUGCUGGGGUAUCACUUUUGCCUGUCUAGGUAAUAAUAAGAAUAAUCAUGUUACUGUUCCGCACAGAACCGGUUGAAAGCGUCCUUUGCGAGCUGAACUCCGGAGCUGCUGGUUGUUUGGCCUGUUAACUAUAGCUUCCACUACCAGCGCGCGCGUGUUGCGACAUCUGGUCGUUUGACUUUCUGGGGGCUCCUGUCAGAAUAGGAACGGCGAAUGGUCAGUAGGAGGGGAAAGGCUAUUCCUGAAUUUGACCAGCGGCUAGGUGGAAAUGGCAGAGUUAUCUGUUGCGGCGCGGUAUUUGCUGAGCCUCUGUGAAGUAAUAAUCACUACAUCCAACCAUACUUUACUGCGUACAUUCGCGCUGAAUGGAGAUCGUCCGGGAUCACGGGGCAUAUCAUUCAUCCCCGGCAGCCGUGGAUACUAGGUAGGUUCUAACCAUCACCUGAUGCUGACAUAGCGGGAAGUAUCACUAUAGGUAGGGUGAGUGAGAAGAAACUGCCUCCAGAAGACAGCAAGUGGUUACUGAAACAUCAAAAGUCAAGAUCCUGACCGCAUUCUCGGGAUGGACGCAAAAGCAAAAUAUGACUGGUACAAAGCAUAAAACCGUGGCCCAGCAUCAAGGAAGGGGGGCUUUCCCUCGCUAUAUCAACCCUUCAUCCUUGCUCCCAAAGCGGCCCGGACGUUACUUAGUUACUACUACCUUGAAAAUGAUGUGCAUACAAGGAGAGAGAUAGGCACUGUCCUGGUCCGUGGGCUCAGCGGGCUGUGAGGUUGGCGUCUUCUUCCAGAAAGCCUGGAAUCAAGGUGGAGCCCAGCUCGAUCCAAUCGGCGAUCAGAACAGGGAUCUUGUCAAUGUAGUGGGUUUUGGGGUCCUUGGGCAGCAGCGAAUCUGAUCCCCAAACUCCUCCAAGACACAACCCGCCAUCAGCUGAACCUGUCCUCGAAAAGGUUUCAAUACUGGAACUGUUUGAAAGGCCAUCCGCGGACAAGCUCUAGUGAACCCGCUUCCCCCCCCGCCCAGUAUCGUCCCUAUCGCCCAUUCCAUCAUGGUCCAUGUCCUCUCUGACACUAGCCAUUUGUUGGCCAAAACAUUGUUAUCCCCUUACCCUACACGAGCCUGUGGAUAUGUUUCGAAACUAUAACAUUGCGUAUCUUUCUUUGCCCUUGUCUGGCCCUGUUCCAAAGCCCACCACAGGGAUUGCGAGAUCUGUGGGUUGACACUCGCCCGAUGUAGAAGACUUAUCUGGGACACCUGGAGGCUAGUAGUGCAUGAAUUUAAUCCUAUUCAAUGGAUCUAUUGACUCCCAACAAACUUUUCUUUCGUUGAACUUCCUCACGGGUUAAAAAAAUGCAUUGAGGAUGUUGCUCGGGCCUCAUCUCUUGAAUACAAUCAGUUCAGAAGAGACGGGAUAAAGCGAGUCUAGAUUACAUGAUUCUGUCAGAUUGUCGAAGAUCAAGAAUCAAGAUAUAGGAUCCCGGAAUCACAUCUUAACUUUUUUUGAUGUGGAAGUUUGUAGGCUUCCUCGCGUCGCGCCCCGCUACAGUGGAACAUGCAAGUCUUCAGUUGGGUAACUAGAGGUUAAUCUGAGCAUGCAAGAAGCUUUCCUGCAUUUACUUUCCAACCACUGGAAUGGCGGAAAUUCUGGUGGUAAUUUCACCUGCAGCAAGCUGCGUCCACUCCCAGCGAUGCCCGCUUGAGUCUCUAUCACCUGGGGAAACCCGCGGGUGUUGCAACUAGUGGUCAUUGCGAUUAUCCACAAAAAAGUUUGGAACCCUGAGCUCAUCAAAGCACCUGCCUACCUAUCCGAGCACAUAUGCCCACCAAAGCGUAGGUGGAUGUGCCAUCAAGGGGAAAGUUAUAAUGUCCCGUGAGUGCGUGCUAGCAGCGACGCAGGAAAGGGUUGUAGACAAACCACUCGCCACAGGGAAUUUGUACUAUUGCAUAUUUCCGGAAAGUCUUUAGAGACCUGCAUAUCAACUGAAACCUUUUAUGGACAUGGAGCUAUUUUGAGUCGUCAUCAGCAAAAGACCUCUCGUUCUCCUGCUCCCUUUUCGUCGCCUAUUCCCUUAAACUGGCUGGGCCUCAGCGGGCGAUUGACAAGGUGCCUCCUUGACCCUAGUCCACCUAGUUCCGCCAGGGUUUCGUAUCGGCGUGAGCAAUACAGCGUACCGUAUCAUACCUUACAAUACAGCCUCCACCCAGCCGGCCAGCCCAAACAAGCCAGCAGGAUUCUUACCUUUUGCCCGGCAUAUCAUACAUCCAGCCGCCAAGCACUUUAGGGCAAGAUGUAUUUGAUAUCUUUUAAAAUACAGUACGGCGUACGGAGAUACCGUACCGCCACUGCCAAUGCAUCCUGAACCCUUUUGCAUGCGACCAUCUGCGACCAUCUGCAAGACUGCAACCAGCCCACUUGCCGAGCAAAAUUUGAGCAAGAAAAGGAUAUCUGGAUAAAAAAUUAUUCAAAAUGGGGGAAAGCAAAAAAGUGCCUUGCUUCAUGUGUGGACGCGAAGAGCCCUCGGAGUCAGCGCGCCAUGAUUUUGAACGGGCCUGCGCUGAUAUAACCUCGCUUCGCCCCCGCCUUGCCUCUCCUUCGGAACAUCCCCAUCUCCUCUUCUGGCUAUUAUCGCCAUCUCUCCUCCGCCGCCAUUUCUAAUACUCAUCUUUUUCUUCUUCUUCUUCUUCUUCUUCUUCUCUUUUUGUUUCUUCCAUUCAUCUUCUUUUCCCUUCGCACUCCAUCACCAUUUUCCCACCGCCUCCCCUGCGCCCUCUAAAACCCUCCUCCCGCCACCCUCAAUUUAUACUUAUGCUCUUCAUCCCUCCAUUCUCCUCUCCCUCCCUUGGCGCAUCUUUGGUGACCUGGAUUACGAGUCUGGCAAAUUGUGGACGAAUGUUGAUUUUAUUAUUAUAAUAUACAUAUGUUGGAUGAUUAUACUCUUUCUAAAUUUCGAUCUAUUAUUAUAUUGUUGAAACCCUUCUUGCUCAGCCCUUAGGGACCUUCAUAGUCCCGCCCAGCCAGGAUGCCCACAAUUCUACUUCCAGCGUCGGCUGCUGCCUUCGCGCCAAGGUCAUCUCCAAAUGUUGUUUUAAGCUCCCGGGUAGAACCGUGGUUAACGGUUACAUUGAAAAGAGUCAACCGGGUCAAGCGCCCUCUUAAUAACGUCACGCAGCACACACGAUGUUUGACGGAAACCCUUUCGUCGCCAAAUGCCAUCUGGACUCUGUGCUCUAUCAUGCUUCCCAAGGCUCCGGAAUCGGAGUUGCGACAGGACGACAAUCCACUGGUUGAAGCCCUGUUUAACUACCAACUCCUCCACAUGGAAGCAUACGUCGUUCACGUUGACAUGGUGUCCCAGAACGAAGUCGCUUUUAAACUCACCCCGGAGACUAUUGAAUCAUUGGUUGAGUAUCAUAAAGAUAUCUACUCUGUGGACACUGCCGCCAAAAACUGGAACUGGCCGGAGAAAGAGGUACAGCUUAAGAAAUUGCAGCAGGAGUUCGUUCAAGCCGCGAACAGAUUCGUUUAUCGCACGUCUGCGACUGCACUCGAGGGAAUGGAGGAGGACGGUGCGGGUGAGCUUCUUUGUGGUCGGAGCGAUGAGGCCAAGGCCGCCAUUCUUGGAUUGUUUGUGCCGCUGCUACCUCCUCCGCCUCGCAUUGUUGAUGUGGUGAGGCCUACUCCACUCCUACCCAGCUCGACGGGGCCUGAUAACUGGUGGCACAGUCCAAUCCAUCAACCUCAUCCCGAGCCGGUUGAUUCGUGGAAUGUUCUCCCGUCCAGCCCAAGCACAACUACCUCGACCGAUACACACCAGAACCUGUGGGCUGCCAGCCUUGCGCUUAAUGAGAUUCAAAUUUCGUCGCCAGCGCCGCCACAGCCCACCCAGUCGUACUCCACCGCCGCGUACAGUGAACCUCAGUAUUUCAGCUCUCCGGCAACCACAGCAUCAAUCCCGCAGUUCCUGCUGCCCAGCAUGCUUGCGCAGCAACAGUGUAGCACCGCAGCGAGUAUUGGGGGUUUUGGUCUGGGUGAGCGAUAUCAGGACUUCGCCCUUCCAUAUGGAACUACGAUGUAGCAGCCACAGGCGGUCAGGUUACGCGCGGACCUGCCAGAGCAUGAACUGGGAUUAUACUUCCGUCAAUAAUUACAUUUGGAGGCAUCUACGCUUCGUGAAUAUGUGGCACUUUGACCAAUGUUAUAAUGAGACAUGCGACUUCGACGCUCAGACACGACCUUCGCGUGUGACACCAACGACAUCAGCGGCAUACUCCGACGGCGUUUCAUAAUUCAUCGACAUAGCGGCAAUUUAGGGAGGGCACUUUUUUCUUUUUCUUUUUUUUUUCUUCCCAGUUGAGACUGCCUAAUCUUUUUUUUUUCUUUUUUUUCUCUUUUGUUUCUUAUUGUCAUUGAUUUGAUUUUGUCAUGCGUUGUUCAGCAAGCGUUGCUUUUUUUCCAUGGGUCUGGUCAUCUCAUUUUGUUUUCUGCAUUUUGCAUAAGAACCGGCGGGUCGGCUAUCUGACGAUUUAUUUUACGUCAUACUAACUCCCUUGGCGGAUGUAAUUUUUCCUUUCUUAUUGUUGCGUUUUCGUUGUCCCUUUCGCAUUUUGAUAUUACCCUCAAGAUCUGAUGUGCCUCGCGGCUCGAAACGUCUUUUUUUCGUCGCUUAUUAUAGAUUGCGGUUUAAGGAAAGGUAUAAUCCCGGGACCUGGGGACUGGCUAGCACAGUUCUUUGGUCCUGGAUACUUUUUGUUCCCUAUCUUUGGUCCACACUCGCUCUUGGUACUGUGUACCGGACUGGCAAUCCCUAUACGGAUUGGUGAGGCUACGACCGGCGACAUUCCCGGCUCUACCCAACAUCUGGCAUGUUUUGGUAUCCAUCCACACACUCCAUGUCCCGAUUCUGGUCGUUCGGAAAGGUUGAAGUGAGGAUGUCCUCAAACAUGGCAGCUGCUGGCGACUCCUUUUAACAUUUCUGCCUGCGGUUGAACUCUUUUAAGGAUGAGAAUAAGGAAACCCUCUCGGAAAAUGGGAUCUGUGGUUCCUAUCUGACGUUAACCGUUCUUCCCGCCAGCUCAACGCUUUUGUUUUGGUGGAUCUUCUCAAUUUUUAUACCGGAACAUCGACCAGAUACGUGGACUAUCCUCUUCUAGGCUCAUCCCCUUUUCUCCGGGCAGAUUUUUUAUUCGUUUUAAUACCUUAAUAGUCGAAUCAUGUCCCGGAGAGGCCUCCCAAUUUCUCACCUCUUCCCUGGCUGGAAGGAAAAGGGUUGGUAGGAAUCGGAUGCAGGAACUCCCAUACCUUUACAUUCUUUUGGUUAGUUUUAGGGCUGGUUGGGAACCUCCAAAGCUGGGCUUUGGAGAUUUUUUUUUUUUUAAUUUUUUUUAUUUUUACUAUUAUUACACCUCUUUGUUAGCCUAUUAAUUAGUCUGUUAGUUAUUCCCACCCAGCCAGCCCUAUAGUCUAUAUAGUAUCUACGGAGUAGUUAAAUUCGUAUUGUUCGAUAGUUAGCUCGUUAGUCGACCCCUUAGUUUGAAAUUUUAAUUUCGGACGGGAUAUAUACAGUGCUUUUCAUGAAACUCAUCGUGACUGUUGAUUUUGUCCCAUGGUUCAUCAAUGGAUGCAUUUUCAAUGCGCUUUCGCGGCAUCGCUCGCCUAAAUUUAUCAACGCCUCCAUACUGCCAAGCCCCGUUCAACAGCGGGUUGGGUUCCUCCCGUUGACGUCAGUACCAAUUCGAUGGAAUCCAUCCUGGCCUCCGCUUACAUUUUUCUCGAGCCCGGUAUUGGCUUACGGAGUACACAGGGAGGAGAGGGUGGUAUGCUUGGUGGGCAUUUUUGGUGAUAUUCUCGAUUAGCAACGUCGUUGCUGCCAUGUAGACAUGGUCUGGAGGGAAGACAGUGAGCUAUGAUAAUGACAUUUUGAUUUUAUUCACUGUACAUGCACAUACAUUAUCUAUAUGUCUGCCUUGCGUCUAGCGAAAAUGCGUCUAUGAUCGAUUCAACUUGCUCCAAAGCUCUGACGUGUGAAAAGGGUCCCCUAAUAACGGGAUAUAAUUCGUCCCAUAGCGGACGUACAGGAGUACGCGACAAUGCCUAAGGUGGCAUCACUAUAGGAGCUCCUCCAGCUCCUCCAGCUCCUUCAGCUCCUCCCUACACAGAUCAGAAAAUCUGACAUACCCACCUCUCCAACCAUUCAAGAGUCGUGUCAUUCCUAAUGAAAAUAAAUUCUAAGAUCGUUCCCAAAGUUUCGAGCGCCAACAUCCUAGGUCGAUGCAUCGUUAUGUCGAAAUCUGAUAUUAAUCCGAAUAUGGGGUGACGCAUGACUCGGAAUUCCGAUAUCGUUAGACGACUGCCAAACCGAUGAUAUACCAUUUGUGUCCAGUUGUGGAAGCACAUGCGAAUAGAAUGCCAUUGAGGAGGAGGAGGGCGUUAGCGAAUAUUCCAAGAUAAGGGGGCCAUGUGUCCGGUCUUCUCCAUCUCACCGCAGCAGCGGCUAGGAUAAUGUUAUUCUUGCACCUAUAUUUUCCAAGACAAGUCAUUAGCACUCCAUAAGACAGAUUUCAACAUGAUCCCUCCCAUGACUCCGGAUGCCCAAAUCCGGGAAGAGAGAAACAAGAGGAGAGGGCCAUCUUACCUCCGGCGGGUUCCCCGCCCCGCGGACCAUCUUUUCUAUCAUCAUAGCCCGAACU